GUGGACAUGUCUACCGCUUCCAUUGCCCAGAUGGUGAAGGAGAAUGUUGACUUGGAGAAAACCUUUGGCGUGAGCUCUCAGUUUGCCGAGACCCUGCGUGGAGCAUAUGAAGAGCUGGCAGAUUCAAAUGACCUUGAGUGUCUAACCAUAUGUUGCAUGUGUUGUGUGGACAAUCCGUGUUGCGACGCGAUCCUUGGCAGCAGCUUCUUGGAAUCGCCCCAGCAGCAGUCUAUGGACUUGGAAUCGCCGCAGCAGCAGUCUAUGGGGGACUCGGUGACCCAACCAAGGAGGCCUACAGGUUUCCACAGUUUGCUGGAUCUGUCGGCAGCCACUUCCGAAGACUUCCGUGCCUUCAUGGGCUCAAAGGAAAUGAUCAACCGCGAGAAGUUGGGAUACUUCCUCUUUGGAAGCAAGUUUGGACAGCCGGAAGCUGACCAGCUGAAGGAAUGUGUGGAACAACUGAAGGCCGCUGGACCAGACCUGAUUCACAAAGACCACCCCGAAUUUCAAGAUCUGCUGCAGAAGGCAAAAGGGAAAGACAUGAAGGCCUUUGCCCAACUACUUCGCCUCGUUGGGAGUGCAACUGUCUUGAAGCAUGGUGCUGCUGUGGCGGAGAAAGGUCUUGAUGCUAUGAAGCUGGGCCAAUGUGGCAAGGUCCUUUGCGCAGGAGAUUUGAGCUAUGAGCUCGAUGAGACAGGGCUGCACAAAUGCACUUGGAGUUGCCCUGGUGAUGAGAUGCCAGAUAAAUUCCAAGUUGUUGCAGCCGACUUUCGAGGAGCCGAGAAGAAGAUCAAAAUGACCGUGCAGGAACUCGAGAAUAGCGGCAAGAUGUUCGAAGAAGAUGCUCAGCAGGAUCCGGAGCACUUUGGGAAGUCCAAAAUCUACAAGGCCAUCAAAGGCAUGAACUUCAAGUUCCACAAUGCCUUUUCUGAGGAUCCCUUGAAGCUCUUUCAGAUGAAGGCGCCCACUGACCUUGGCUCUGAGUAUCCCAAUGCAAUGCGCUACCAUGGCAAGUGUCGCAGCAAGGAGUUUGAACUCGCAGCGCGGGUCCUCUUCACCGGCUCCAAUCCUUCUAUCCCAACUGGUGGCAUUGUGAAGGUGGUGCGCUUGCCAGGGAAGACAUGGUUCAAGAAGACUCUCCAGAGCGACGAGGUCGAGGUGAAGUAUUUGGGUGAACAAGUGAUUGUGCAAAGGUCGGAGUUGAAGCGCCAGAAUUUGGGCAGGGUGAAAUUGGAUGAAGACUUGCAGGACUGGAUGAAGAGUACCGGUGAUACGCUGGAGGUUGAUUUGAGCACGCUUGCCAACGACCCCAGCCGCCGGCAGAGCAAGGCCACCUUUUGGUUUCCGCUUGCGCCGCCCAAGACCAAGGUUUCCUUCUUUGGAGCCACGGUGGAUGCAGAGAGUCUGGAACUGAUGUUGGUCUUUGAGAAGAUGACCGGGAGAACUCUCACCAAGUUCAUACCCAGUGAGAAUCCUGAAGAGGAUGUCCGUCUUCAGAUACUUCUUGAUAUUGCCAAGGCGUUGGUUUAUUUACAUUCCUUGCAGCCUGCUGUCGUUCAUGGAGAUUUGAAGGUCGACAACAUCUAUGUGGAGAGCAGAAAGGAUAUGCAUCUCACAAAGUUGGGAGAUUUCGGUUUGGCGCGCCGUGCCACCAAGUCGGUAGCUGGUCGCCUUCUACGCCAGCAGACUCCUACAGUGUCUUGA